AUGAAGAGAGCGAGCUUGCAAAAGAUCGAUAAGUUCUUCAGUCCUGCUCCCAAGAAAGCUCUACAAAUUCCAGUCGAGGGCACCGAUGAAGAGGCAUCAGUAGCGGUCUUCUCAGCGCUGCCCUUGAACGAGGAAGUGGCAGCUCCAGGCGACAUCGGAAACUUUGUUGGGAGACAGGUCGAUGACUGCACUAAGCGGCAUCUGUUGGAAACACAUUGGUGUCUUUCGGAGAACUAUAGUUUUCCAUACUCAGUCCACAGAAAGAACGGCAAAGACGAGAAGCGAUAUGUAGGUCACUCGCAUCUAAGCAAGUUCAAGUGGCUUGUUCUCCCUGACUCUCACAAGGGUCUAUACUGCAAGUACUGCGCCUUGUUCGCAACGGGUAGCGUGGGAGGCUACCAGAAAAAUAUUCCACUUCAAAAACUUGUCACGAAGCCACUUACGUCCUUCGUGCAAUUGCUAGGUAAAGAUGGGGACCUUCCUGUACAUGACGCCAGCAAGUACCACAAAGAAGCAAUGCGGGCCGGGAAGAACUUCCUCGCGUGUGUCCGCGCGCCCGAAAAAGAUGUGGCCAAUCAAAUCUGCAGUCAGCGUCUACAUCAAGUAAAUCACAACCGAAACCGCCUGUUGCCAAUCAUAGAGUCGAUCAUCUUUCUAGGGCGCCAGGGUAUACCACUGCGUGGACACAGAGACGACGGAACGCUUCUCGAACGGUCAAGUGAGCCCUCGUUGACGUCUAACGAAGGCAAUUUCCGCGAUAUACAUCGCUUCCGAGUGUCAAGCGGGGACACUGAACUACAGAAGCGCCUUGCCAGCACGUCAUUCCGGGCCACAUACAUAAGCAAGACAACCCAGAAUGAACUAAUCAAGUGCUGUGGAGACGAGGUCCUUGCUACACUCAUCCAGUGGGUGCACGGAUCAGGCGCGUACAGCAUAAUGUUCGAUGAAACGACCGACGUAUCUCACACAUCACAGCUGAGUCUCGUCCUGCGGUACGUGCACAAGAACAUGGUACGAGAAGACUUCGUGCAAUUCGUUGACCCGCGCAGUGACAGCGACGCUCUCGACGUCAGUGUAACCGAGCCUAUUCUGACAGGGAAAGUACUCGGGAAACAGGUUGUAAAAAUGUUGAAGGAUCUAGGACUCGAUCUCGAAAGAUGCGUUGGCGUGGCGACAGAUGGCUGCAGCGUCAUGGUGUCGGAGCUAUGUGGUGCCGUUUCCGAAAUCAAGCGGUGUGCCCCAAACGCAGUUCACUGCCCUUGCUUUAACCACGCGCUCAACUUGUCCUUGUCCAAGUCAUCGCGAGUUCAAGCCUUCAGGAACGCUGUAGGAAUUAUGGAGAUCAUUUCCUUCUUCACAGCGUCACUAAAACGGAACAUUGCGCUGAAAAAUGCACUUGGCCAUCAACUUAAAGGCCUUUGUGAGACGAGAUGGGUUGAACGACACGACAGUGUUAUACAGUUUAGAGAUUCACUGGGCUGCGUGUCCACAGCUCUCGACGCCAUUGCCAGCUGGAGAGAAAUGCAAAGCGCUGCAAAAGCGAAGGCACUCCGUGUCUCGCUUGGCGAUGGCGAGUUCCUAAUGGCAAUAGUUUGCCUGUCGGACCUACUGGCGCAUACACUGCCAUUGAGUCGUCUGUACCAGAAGGAGUGCGUCGACGUUCACACAGCAAGGAACACGUUGACAGACACUAUAGCUGUUCUGACUGCUCAAAGACAGAACUGCGAAGAGGUACUCAGGCCUCUCUACGAGCAAGCCGUCGCGCUGGCAGAUGAGCUAGACACAGAGCUGAAGCUCCCUCGCAUCACGAAGAGGCAGACUCACUGGUCCAACCCCCCUGCGCUCGAUUCGGAGAGCUUCUACAGGACGUCGGUCUACAUUCCAUUAUUAGAUAAUGUGUUGGCAGACCCGAGAUCAAGAGAAAACGAGGCAAGAGUGGCAACAGAUAUUGCCCAGCGAUAUUGCUCAUUCAUCGGAGCCCCGAUAACCGCAAAGGUUAUUCAAGCUGAGCUACGGCUAUGGCGGGAGAAGUGGAAGCGCGAAAGCGAAGACGGCGCGGACAUCCCUUCGACUGCUGUGCAAGCGCUCUACAUGUGUGACAGUGAAGUCUUUCCUUCAAUUAGGACUUUCCUGCAAAUACUGGCCACUCUCCCCGUAAGCGUUGCCAGCGCCGAAAGGUCUUUCUCCACACUCCGACGCUUGAAAACAUGGCUGCGGUCACAGAUGAGCGAUGCACGUUUGACCGGCCUAGCCUUGCUGCAUACACAAAGGGACAUCUCUGUUGACUGUGGGAAAGUUAUCGAUCGCUUCGCCAACGGAAGUCAUGGAAGACGGCGGUUAGAGUUUGUGGUGUGAAAAUGCGAACUUAUUCUUUGCCACUUCGUAAUCACAUAAACGGACAUCGCUGCCAGCUCUAUCCAUAAAUUUAUACAAA